UCAGGCAUUUCAAAACAGGACUCCAAGUGGAUCACUUGCACACACACGCGCUGACACACAGACAGUUACGGCAGUGUGGAGUAUCAGCACUCGGAGAGAGAAGGACAGAAGGGGAGAACUGCACCUGUCCCACACUCACACACUCUGUCCUCACACACAUAUAUACAGAGGAUCUGACUGGUCGUCCCUAUGUGUGGAUGGGACCAAAGUUACACGGCGACCUCUCAUAGCUCGGCCAUGUUGACCAGUGAGGGGGCGCACACCAUGGAGCAGGACGACACACACCACAGCACCAAGAUGGCCUCCACAGCCACCAGCAGUGGCUCAGAUGAAGCCGAGACCAUGAGCGACACGGAUGUCGACGUCGAGAUGGAAGAGGCAGACAUGGCCCAAUGGACAGAGGCCGAGUUUGAGGAGAAGUGCACAUACAUUGUCAAAGACACAGCGUGGGAGGCGGGGCCAGACAGUGAUGCCAUGAUGACGACAACUACUAGAGCCGAGGCGUCUCUGCCCCGAAAUCUGGCCUUCAAACACCUGGCUGCCAGCAAGGAGGUGGUCGGCGUGUGCAGCAGGGAGUACAUCCCCAAAGGAACUCGUUUUGGUCCCUUGGUGGGCGAGAUCUACACAGCGGGGAGUGUACCCAAAGACGCAAACCGCAAAUACUUUUGGAGGAUCUACGUGGAUGAGGAGUUUCACCACUUUGUCGAUGGCCUGGAUGAAACCCGCUCUAAUUGGAUGCGAUACGUCAAUCCGGCCCACUCAGCAGCAGAGCAGAACCUGGCGGCCUGUCAGAACGGCAUGGAAAUUUAUUUCUACACUGUGAAGCCCGUCCCUGCUGGUGCUGAGCUGCUUGUGUGGUACUGCCACGACUUCGCCCGACGCCUGCGGUACCCACCAUCAGGAGAGCUGAUGAUGCAAAAACUCAAGCAGUCGCUUUUGGAAGUUAAGCAGCAGCAAGCAAGCAGAGAGGAGCGCACAGUGGAAGCAUCCAGUCCAUCUCCAAUAGCAGUGACCCCCAUCCACCCCAAAAGAGAGCACAGCGUCCUCUCCAUUCUGAGUGGCACCAACAGCACCUCAUCCUCCAUGUCCACCAAAAGGGAGCCCAGCCGGCCGCUUCCUACCCGCCCACGCUGUCCCAGCAGCCCAGAGCCACUCCUGUAUCCCCGCGCUCGCUACCCGACUCUCAUGACCCACUCUCACAUCUCUGAAGACUUUCUCAGCCACAAACCCAGACAGCUUGGUUACCCCUUAACUCAUUCACCUGGCAACCAGUCAUCAGCCACACCUAGCCCGUCUGCAAGGAGCAGCCCAGAUAGCAGCCCUCACGGGAGCCCGUCUGGUCCAGCACCAUCCCCUGCUUCUUUCUACCCCACUGGACUGGGUUCCUACCCUGGUUACUCCCCACCAUCUGCACCUCUGUCUUCACCUUUUUAUCCACCAGGGACCCCUUACUCACGUUACCUCCUACCCCAUCACUAUCCUCUGCCUGGUGGCGGCAUCCCAACCGUAGGAGGGAUGCUACCCAGGAUGUACCCCCUCUAUAGCAACCUGUUGCACCCUCCUGUCCCCCUCCUAUCAUCUGAUGCAGCAGGGAGGCGCUUCUUAAUGCCUGAACCUGUGCACCCCUCCUCCAUCUCUGCACCCAGAGAGUUCCUUCUCCCUGGGCCCACCAGUGCCUUCUCAGCUGCUAUUUCUCUGAGAGACAAAGUAGGGCCUCACAACCCUUAUCCCGGGCAUCCCAACCCACACGGACCAGCCCACGCUCCCUCCAGUGGUUCCCCAACUGCAGCCACAGCACCUCCCAGUGAGCAGGUGCCCACUAAGCCUACCUCAGCUCUGCUGGGCAACACCAGCGAACAACAUCCCGAUGAAGAGGCUAUCAACCUGACCAAAGUAAAGCGGGGUACUGGCUCAGUGGGCUACAAGGCACUGCCUUACCCUCUGAAGAAGCAGAAUGGCAAAAUCAAAUAUGAGUGCAAUGUGUGCAAGAAGACCUUUGGGCAGCUGUCAAACCUAAAGGUUCAUCUUCGUGUGCACAGUGGAGAGAGACCCUUCAAAUGUCAAACUUGUAACAAAGGCUUCACUCAACUUGCCCACCUGCAGAAACACUAUCUGGUCCACACUGGUGAAAAGCCGCAUGAAUGUCAGGUUUGCCACAAGCGCUUCAGCAGCACCAGCAACCUAAAAACUCACCUGCGCCUCCACUCAGGAGAGAAGCCCUAUCACUGCAAACUCUGCCCAGCUAAAUUCACCCAGUUUGUCCACCUCAAGCUGCACAAGCGCCUGCAUUCCCGUGAGCGCCCACAUAAAUGCCCCCACUGCCAACGCCACUACAUCCACCUGUGCAGCCUGCGACUUCACCUCAAGGGCUAUUGCCUGGCAGUAAACUCCAGCUCUGGCAGCCCGUCGGUUUCUAGCCAAGCCGCUCUGGAGGAGGUGCACCGGGCCAAUGAGGAGAUUGAGCGCUUUGACAUUAGCGAGCACGCAGAGCGACUGGAGCAGCUGCAGGGAGGAGUAGAAAUGGACACCAUGUUGGAGAAGCAGGUCUUGGGGAUGCUGUGGCGGGAGGCUGACCUUAAGUCCCCCCACUUCCAUCCCCACCACAAGGGCAGUGUAACCGAACUUCUGUCUGCAGGUUAUGGUGCAUACGAGUCCUUGAAUGAGACUUCGGUCAUCAAGAUACGGCACAGCAGCCCUAUCCCACCACUUUCUGCUAACAUUACGGUCAAGCAGGAGUCAGAAGAUAGUGCUUAAAUGACAUUUUUGGCACAAGAGACAUACAUGGUGACUUGUUGCCAGGAGCAACAGCUGUAAAUAAAUAAUUAUCUAUCUGGUUGUCAUCAGAAGUGACAUCAUGACAACCUAUCAGGGACUCACACUCAGGGCUGCAAGAGACACUGUCCCAUGACUACUUAGUGGUUUCAGCGAUUAUUAUUCUUAGACAAUCAUCUAACAAGGAUUUACCUUUAAUGUAAUAUAAUUAUCAUUAAUUUCACGUUUUUGCCUCCUUCAUUUUUGAUUAAUUAGUUGUUGCAUAAUCUAAUUUAUUAUAUUCUUUAUUUGUUGUCUUCAAAAGCAAUAAGUGGAAGGGAUGGUUACACUGAUGAGGUAAAAACAUUGUAUGUAAAUGUUUCAGUUAUUGUUAUGUUGUUUUUCUUUGUGGCCAUUUCUCUGUAGAUACUCAUUCUUUCUAUGCCCAUAAUUGUCCUGUGACCUCUGACCAAUAGAAGCAGAGACGUCCACUCUUCAGGGUUUUACUUAUUUAAAAAUUAAAAAACCAAAGUUGCAUGUUAAAACAGUAGAAAAAGCCAAAGUACGGCACAUACAUUUUUAAUUUAGAGAGAAGAGCUUUAUUUCAACCCUCCUGAAUAGCUUCCCUAAAGCAUAUUUGUGUCCUUUUCUGAUGCCUCUUUAAUUUAAAUGAAACAAAAAAGGGCAUUUUUUUCAUCUUUUGUAUACUUUUCACAACAGUUACCUCAGUGUGGAUGUGACAUGGGUGUGUGUGUGUCUGUGUGUCUGUGUGGAUGUGUGUGUGUGUGUGUGUGUGUGUGUGUGGAUGUGUGUGUGUGUGUGUGUGUGUGUGAGUAUGUUUUAAGGGACAGCUGAAGGUGGGGGUUUUAUAUUUAUUUAAAUGUUUUGCUACUUGAAGAAGACAAAACCAAACUGAACUGGAGAGCAGCUCUUCAUGUGGUCCAAAGGAGCAACUCAGCCUGCUCAACAUGUAGCACAUAAUGGACUCAAGAGGCUGGAGAGCCGGCCUCCCUCCCCUCCUUUCCACCUAUUCCCUCCUCUUGUUUAAUUUUUAUUCUUUUUGCAACACUGUUAGCACCCAUCAGGGAUGUGAAAAGAUUUAGAGAUUCACACUUAAUGCUAGAAACCAAAGUUCACUUAGCUUUAAUUUCCAAGGCACACCAAAAAACCCAAAAAGAAAAAAUCUAAACGAGGGAAUCAAGAUGCUGAAGAAGGGAAGAUGUACUUUCUGUAUAUGAUGAAGUGUUUGCUCUUUAGCUGUGGUCUCCUAUUUUGUAUGUUAUUUUUUUUUUUUUAUUUUGUUGUUGUUAUUUGUUGAUAUUUUGUUAUGAAACAAUGGCCCCUUCUUAAGCCUCACCUGUCCGCUGCCUUGUAAAGAACACCCAAGCACCUCGGCCCACCUGUAUGCACUGGCCCCUUCCUCUUAUUUUAUGUCUUUAUUGCCGAUGCUUGUUCCACAUACACUGUAUACAAUAUCUAAACUGGUCAAAAUUGCAUUUAGAACCAACUUAAUGUUACUAUAGCCACUCUGAGUUUCUGUAGCAGUUGUUCUUCAACAACAUGAUCUCUGAAGGUCUACGUGUCUCCUCUGAUUAGCUUUUAAUGUUCAACCAAAGUGUCUCUUUCUGUGGUCGGAGCUUCAACUUCAGAGGAGAAUCCCCUAAAGAACCGUCUCUGUUUACAUUCUGGUUUACAUAGUUAUUUAUGUGCAAAAAUGUUAUAAAGUGUAAAUUAUGAUAUAAAUGUUGACUGCUCUAAUAUGAUGAGUCUGUUUUUCUUUUUUAUUGUCUUUUAGUUUAUUAUACAUCUUUAACCUCUUCAGCCAUUUGUCUAUUUUUUAAUUAAAAAUUAUACACACAUAUAUAUAUAUAUAUAACUCUGCAACCAUAAGAUAUAUUUGAAUGCUUUUGGAGUCACACUAAAGAGAAUACUUGUAAGAUUUGUUAAGAUUUGUAAAUAUCAGUAUAUAUGAAACUGGUGAAGAAA